CCACUGUUCAGCACAUACCGUUAAAUUGGCAUGCAGCCUACGCUCGGGUCCUGUAGCAGGAGCCUGCGCUGCUUUUGAAAAUGUUACCGCCUUCUCACCGGAGUAACCUCGGACAGCAGGGCAGGGUCGCAUUAUUUCACCUUUUGUGCAGUAUUACAGGUGUGUGGGGCAGUCAGGUAGUGGUGCCUCAGAGGGUGAACGCUGUGCUGGGGAAGAAUGUGACAUUAGAGUGCCGGGUUGAGGUGGGCGCAAACCUUACUCUCACUCAGAGUUCCUGGGAGCGCCGUCUGCCUUCAGGCUCUGUCACAGUGGCUGUCUACAAUCCCCGGUACGGAAUCUCCAUCCCUCCAGAAUUUAUCAAUCGCUUGUAUUUUCGCUCCCCCUCCUCGUAUGAUGCUACCAUUGUCCUGGGGAACGUGGGCUUUGCUGACGUCGGAAUCUAUACCUGUAAGGUUGCCACAUUUCCUCUAGGAAACACUCAAGCUUCCACCACUGUCAAUGUACUUGUGGAGCCGAAAGUCUAUGUGUCUGCAGGUUCAUCCGCCCUGAUCGAUGGUGGAAAUGAUACUGUGGUGGCCACCUGUAUUGCUGAGCGGGCGCGGCCUCCUGCUGAGGUGUCCUGGGAGUCCAACCUUUUUGGCCAGUCAGAAGUGCAGCUAUUUGACGAAGCCAACGGCACGACCAGCACACAAGUGAGCUACCUCUGGCAACCCACACGCCACGUCCAGGGCCACACACUCACCUGUGUGGUCCGCCACCCAGCUCUGCAGAGUGACUUCAGGAUCCCCUACCAGCUCAAUGUGCAGUUUGCUCCUGAUAUCUCCGUUGUUGGCUAUGAUGGAGACUGGUAUGUGGGUCGGGAAAAUGUGCAAAUGACAUGCAAAGCCAACGCAAACCCGCCAGCUAAUCACUUCAGAUGGAUCAGGUUGGACAGUGAAAUGCCAGAGGGGGUGGAAAUAAUAAAUAGCACUUUGCUCUUCCUGCGUCCCCUCCAGCGGAAUGACUCUGGAGUUUACAGGUGUGAGGUUGCCAAUGACAUCAACCUCCGCAGUCGGGAUGUGCGCAUUCUCAUACAAGAUCCUCCCACCAUGCCUUCCACCAUUACUGCUCCUGUCCUAACUGGCUCUGCCUCCUCCACCUUAGUCGAUGAUAAGGGGCAUGUUCUUCUCAGCUCCCCCACACUCGAGGCCCUUCCUGAGAGUAAUCUUGGUUCCAUAGUGGGUGGGGCUGUGGGCGGGGCCUUGUUCCUGCUUCUGCUGCUGUCUCUGGUUGGUGUGUGUUACCUACGAAAACAGCAAACCUUUCACGGGAACUACUACACCAAGCACUACCUGGGCCCCAACGACCUCCAGAAAGCCCCCGCUCAGCACGAGCUCCACCCGACCAAAGCUGGCAGCAGCUCCCAACAUCAGGACCACGACCGAGAGGAGUGGGGCGACCGCCAGCUCAAACAGGAGCGUGACCGACGACACCACAGCAACUUCAACGGAGAGGAGUAUCCCUCUAAUGGCUACACUAGGGCAAUGAGGGAGAGCAGUCAGCACAGCCAGCAGCAGAAUCACCACCGGGAACAUGCGCAGUAUUCUAGUCCACGGCAGCCCAGAUGUGCCAGAUAUCCUCAUUCACCUAAACUACAGGGAAAUGGCUCCCCCUACCUGUCAGAUGACUGCUACGAUAGCGGGCCCGAGGGCGACUAUGUCUCCCACACAGACGGGUCUGUCAUCUCACGCAGGGAGUGGUAUGUUUGACAAGCUACCUGGUCCUGCAGGAGCAGAGAUCCAAUGAAAAAAAAUCACAAGGUUUCAUUUAUCAAAUUGGGAAAAAAACACAUAAUUUCUCCUCUGCACACACACACUUCUACUAAUCUCAGCUCUAUAGUUCCCUGUUUUGUUCAAGCGUCCUGGUCGACACUUGAUACGUGGUGUUUCUGUUCUUGAUGUGGACGGACUGAAGACUGCACAGCCACUGUGACAGUCAUUAACAUGCUGACAAAAGUUGGCAUGUCACUAGUUUGUGUGUAGAGACUAACUAAAGAUCAUGAUGUACAUGCUGUCUCUGCCUUACUACAUGGGCUGCCAAUUUAUUUAGCAUUACUAGUGUCUUUCAGUAGAGGGGAAGCCCUGGGGGCUUAUGUUUUUUGUUUGUUUCUACAAAAUGUGACACUUGCGCAUUAGAAUUUGUAUGUGUUGAUAGUGCUUACACAGAUCUGUUUAAAAGACCUCUGACCUCUGAAAAUGAUUGGCUGAUGUUCGAGAAUAGUAAAUAACCCAUGAAUGGAAGAGAGAGAGAGUCACAGGUCUUUUUUCCAAACCUCAGUAGGACAUAGCAGAGGCAUAUAGGCUAAUUUAAAAACCGAUUUAUCCCAUUGAAAAAUCAGAGUUCCUCUAUGACUGAUAAUCUCUCCACUCUCAUUCAUGGACAUAUAAAACGUAUUGCACUGCCUUUUGCAAAACUUCAUAAUGGACGACCGCAUCAUUCAUUUCCUACUAAAAUGUCAACUCUUUCUGUAGCUUAUGGCGAUGGGAGACUGGUGAGCUUGAGGAUUUGACCACUAACGUCCCAAUAAUGGCCUAGAGUGGGAACCUUGAGAGCAUUUCUACUGUAAUGUGCGCGGCUCAUCUUUUAU